ACUUACCUGAUAUAUUUGUUGGACAAAGUAUUGAGAAUGCUCAAAGUAACUUUGAUUAUAGGGAUACUGCAGACCCAACACCAGAUAUUACAUAUGAAGUUGAGGAUAGUUAUAAAAGUCAUGAAUCUAUCAACCAAGUAUCCCAAAAAUCUACAU